AUGAGGAAGUAUGUGAAAGUGGAACAACUUUAUAAGGGCAGCUUGAAGCCUCUAUUUUCUGCUGGAAAAAUCACAGGCACCAGAGUAGCUGAGCUGAAGGGAAAGUACACCCUGCUGCAUAAGACUGUGAUAAGUUUACAGGAAUCUGAGAUCCAGCUGUUGCAGGAAGCCAAACGUCUUAGUGUAGAACUGGAACAGCAACAAUAUGAACUGGAAAAAGCAGAACAGUUCCCUGAAGAAUCCUCCAGUGAAGUUUCCCGAAUAAGGCAACAACUUCUUAGUUGCCAAAAUGAAUACAAUGCUAUUAAAGAAAGAGAGUAUGAAAUCCAGUUCAAGAUGGAAUGUUUGCAAGAAGAAAAAAGGCUUCUGGAAAAUGAAUAUGAAAGAAUUCCAAAACAAAGGGAAGCAGACAAGAAAAUUAAACAGUUGAAAGAAAGUUGUGAUGAGCUCUGCAAAGAAGUAAUCCAAAGGAAAGCAUAAAUUGCUGCAAUAAAAGAAGAUGUUUCAUCCAAGCAAAAGCUGAUGUUGAUAGAUAAGAAAGAAAUGGAAAAGCUUCUGGAGAAGCAGGCUAAUUUAAAAGAUGAGCUAGUUAAGAUCCUUGGUGUUCCAGCACAACUCGGAAAAGAAACGGAGAAGAUGAAUCAGAAAAAAAUUGAUACAGAGAAGAAGAAAGAAGCCCUUAAUGACCAAAUAAAAGAGUUGAAUGGUACCUUGGAAGCCAUUGAAAAAAGGACUGAAGAGAUUUUGCAAGAAAAAGAAGAUGUAAUGAAGGAACUGGAUGAGAAACAAAUUUUGCUGGAAAGCAAAGAACAAGAAUGCAUUACUUUGACAAAAUUACUACGAAUUAGCAGAGAGAAGGAAUCAGCGAUCCUAUCAGACAGAGGAAGAUGCAAAGAUAGAGAACUGAGAAAUUUAAAAAAGAUGCAGUUACAACUGAGUAUGAUUUCUGAUUCCUUGGAACAAGAUAAGUCACAGCAUAGAAGACUCAAGUUAGAGGCAGAAGCUAUCCCUAAAAGUAACAGAGUAUUAUUAGAAAGACGACGAGAACUGCAGAAGGAAAUUGAAAUGACCAAGAGAAGUUUAGCUGAACAGGAAAUGAUGUCAGAUAUGGAUGCCCACAUGUUACAAAAAUGUAUUGCUGAAGAAGGCCAGCUUUUCAAAGAGCAGGAAAAAUACAGAGAUGAGUUAUCCAGACUUGCACGUCUGACUUGGCUCAAAGUUGAAGAGAGGGAACAGAAAUCUAGGGAUGUUCAGAAAGCCCAGAUACAACUCAAAAAUAUUAUUAAAGAAAUGAAAAGAAAAGAUCUUGAAAUAAGAGAGUAUAAAAAGAGGAAAAGAGAAAUUCAAAAACAACUCCAAGGAUUUGCUAAAAUGUAUGAUGUUAUCCAAAAUGAAAGGAAUAAACAUGUAAAUUUGGUGCAUGCUGCUCAGCAGAAAGCAAGUGAAAUCAAAAACCGGGUAAAAUUGCUAGGAAAUGAAAUAAAAAAUUUAAGGAAUACUGUUCUAACCAAGGAAAGAAAAUUGCAGAACCAACGUCUGAAGAAUACAAAUAAUGUUGCGAUUACAGACAGUCUCAAAAGUGAUUAUUGCAAAAUUGUGAAAAUGAUGCAUGAGAUGAAAGAAAAGAAGAAGCAACAGUGUCUGGAUCUUGAGACACUUACCGAUACAGUCACCUGCAUUGAGGAGGAAACUGUGCAGCUACGCAAAAAAUAUGAAAGGGAUCUUCAGCAACACAAUGAGAGUGGUCUUCUGCUCAGAGAUCGAGAAGAAGAACUAUGCAUUUUAUAUGAAAAAAUAAACAUGCAAGAGAUGUUGUGUAGAAAUGGAGAUAUUGAGAUGCAAGUUAUGGAUGAAAAGAUCAGAUUUCUGAAGCUAGAGGUGGCUGAGAAAAAGAGACAGAUUAAAUUGUGUUUCAGAGCACUCCCAGUGAAGAAUGCCCUGGACGCACAUCUGGUGGUACUUCAGACACAGUAUUCCCAGUGCAAGGACAGGAUUAAACGGAUGGAGGAGAGUUUUGCUGACUCCACAAAUGAUAGUAGAAAGCGAGACUUGGGAGGGAAGGACCCAUCUCCACCUGAGCUGCUAAAAAAGAUUGAGCAGCUAGAGGUGGAGCUGGUGCAGAAGGAGAAGAAGUUGCUGGAGACAGAGCUUCUCUACGAGCACAUUUCCCGGCUGACGGACCGAAUCCGUGCCAUGGCAGGGAACGGGAAGCAGGACACGCUGCAGUUAGCAAAGAGGACAAAUGAACUGCAGAAGAAGAUAAAGGACAGAACCCAGAAGAUGAUGGCUCUUCUUGGAGAGUUAUCCAUGAAGCAAGCACUUGCCAUUAAACUCCAGCAGGAAAUGAGAGACAAAGAACAAUUUUUGAUGACUGUUUCAUCAAGGAUAAAUCAAGGCCUUCCCCCUCCUAAAGAAACAGAAAAUGAGUGGUUGAAGAUAUUACGCAACGAGAAGAUGCGAAAAGCAGCAGCUGAAGGCAGAGCUAAACAUGCUGCAGAAGAGGCACAAGCUGCAGCGCCCGGCUGUGCCCACACCACAGCUGAGCAACGCCCAGCCGCCUACCUCCCGGACGACGAGCGCAGUCCCGCGUUGCCGCGGCCCUACGGCGCUCUGGCUCCUUUCAAACCCAGUGAACCUGGUUCAAACAUGAGACAUUUCAGAAAACCUGCCGUGAAGCCAACUGACAUCUGCACAGACAGCACCUACAGCAGGAGAAGCCGUUACCGGGUGCUGAAUCUCUCGGGUCCACAGCAUUCACACCGCGCUGAAGGAACGUCCGUUAGCGUUCAGUCCAGUCCCAUAUGGAAAGCAAAGCGGGAGUUAGUGCCCGCAGCACAGCUAAUAGUCAGGGAUCCAGUGGCUAGGAGGAGCCUGGGAUCCCAAAUGCAGUGCGGUACUUUAUAG